AAAAAAUUUUCAAAGCGUGCCAAGUACAUUCGUGAGUAUGUUCAUCACCAAAAUAAAUAAGAAAACAUAACCUUUAAAAGUGAUCUUGAUAUUAAAAUAAAAUAAAAUAAAAUAAAAAUCUGUAUUAAUAUUUGAUACUUUUGUUAAAAUAAUGGCUCCAAAAAAAGCUGGUGGUAGUGGGAAAGCUGGAAAAUCAAAAGGUAAUGCAAAUAACGAAGAAAAAGGAAAAGAAGAUAAGAAAGGCGGAACUGCUAUUAAGGUUCGACAUAUACUUUGUGAAAAACAAUCUAAAGUUCUCGAAGCUAUGGAAAAAUUAAAAUCUGGACAGAAAUUUAACGAGGUAGCCACAACUUACAGCGAAGACAAAGCAAGAUCCGGUGGCGAUCUUGGGUGGAUGACACGAGGUUCCAUGGUCGGUCCAUUUCAAGAAGCAGCUUUUGCAUUACCAAUAUCUAGUAUCGGUUCGCCAGUUUAUACAGAUCCACCGGUCAAAACGAAAUUUGGUUAUCAUAUUAUUAUGGUAGAAGGAAAGAAAUAAAUAAGCUUUAGUUUGCACAAAUUUUUUAUCAAUGUUCAAUAAUCAUUUUUCUUGUAAAGAAAGACAUUUUCACUUCAUACAAUUUAUCAUCAUUUUUAAGAUAUAUUUUUGCAGGAUGGAAACAAUAUA